UGUGUUGUGAUCAGAUCUAGUUUUGACUCUGAGCAGAGUUCUUGCUUCAACAGUGUUUGAACGGAACCCUCUCUGAGUCUUUUGCUCUUUUUUCAUCUAUUUCUUUACUGCUUUUUUUGCGCCACCCAAAACCACCGAAACGCUGAAAUGGAGUCCCAGGUGCGCCAGAACUUCCACCGUGACUGCGAGGCUGCCAUCAACCGUAUGGUGAACUUGGAGCUGUACGCCUCCUACACCUACCUCUCCAUGUCUUUCUACUUUGACCGUGAUGAUGUCGCCCUUCAAAAUGUGGCCAAAUUUUUCAAGGAUGAGAGUCACGAGGAGAGGGAGCAUGCUGAGAAAUUCAUGAAAUAUCAGAACAAACGUGGGGGUCGCGUUGUCCUGCAGGACGUCAAGAAACCAGAGCGUGAUGAGUGGGGUAACACCCUAGACGCCAUGCAGGCUGCUCUGCAGCUGGAGAAGACAGUGAACCAAGCUCUACUGGACCUGCACAAAGUGGCAUCUGACAAGGUUGACCCCCAUCUGUGUGACUUCUUGGAAUCUGAAUACCUGGAGGAGCAGGUGAAGGCUAUAAAACGGCUUGGAGAUUUCAUCACCAAUCUGAAGCGGCUUGGGGUGCCCCAGAACGGCAUGGGCGAGUACCUGUUUGACAAGCACACCAUGGGAGAAAGCAGUUAAGCUGUGUCCCACCCAAGAGGUUCCAACCAGUCUACUCUGCAUCUGCAUUCCUACAUCCAUGUUGAAAACCUGACAUGUGUCCCUGUUACCUGAAAUGAUGGAACAAAAUUGUUUGAUAUUCCAAUAAAUGCAGCAGUGACUGUGCUUUGUCAACAAGUUUUCAAUAAAGUAUUUCUGCAUUAUGUCA